GGGAGCAUUAGCCUUACCGCUGUCUUUCCGACAGAGCGAUGGGUUUGGAUGGGCUACAGUUCCUAGCCCUCGGCCUGCUCUUGUAUCCUCACCUUCCCCAGGUCCUGCCAUUCCUAGCAUUUAUAGGUCUCCUUUCUGUAGCUGCGUUUGGAGUCGGCUACUUGUUAUUUGGGGCAGCCCAACCACCGCAGCAACCCUGUAAAAUACCGUUCGUUCCUCCGGAAGCUGGUACAAGACUUUCGUAUACACACCACACUUUAAGAACGGGUAAUGGAGAGGAGGAAUUGAGGGGUCAGGCCUCUUGGGAAGCUGGGUUGACGGUUGACCCAGGAAAUCAGCUUCCAAGGACUUUCGAGGAUAGCAUAGCUCUCACCUUACGCGAAACAAUUCGAGCCCAAUUUACAAAACCUUUGUCCAGCAUAUUUGAGAGACGACCAUCUUCAAAAAACUUACAGGGGAGGGCGUUUAACCUUCAACGGACAGAGAGAGAUAGUGCAACGGGGCAAGAGGAGUCGGCUGCUAGCGACCAUUCUCACGAACUGAGUAUAUCUCAAUCCAUUGAGCAAAGCAUAGUGGAAACUGUCAUUGAUCCAAACGUCCAACGUCUCUCCUCCACAUUCGCAGCUUGGUAUCAAAAUCAGCGUCAGCUGCACAUUGAUAGCCGGAUAUAUGCACAGACUUUGUCGAUUGUCCAUGAACACAUCAGGCAAUACAAAAAAGCCAGGCGGGACGUCCUGAGGGAACAUGCCGUUGCCCGCUCGUCUAAAAGAUUGAGUACAUCCCUGAAAAGCCCACCAGUUUUAGGAGAUGACAGUCAUCAAAGACAUUUGGACGAGUUCAUUGAGCAGGAUGGGUGGGACGAUGGUGCACAGCAGGACAUAGGAGGAAAUUCCUCCCUUCGGCAUCAUACUGAAGAACUCAAUUCACUUAUUGUCGAGCGAUUGAAAGCGUCGGGUGAACUUCAUCCAGCGGCAAGCAAGGGCCCAAAAGAGGAAAUGGCAUGGCUUCGGUCCCUUGUACAGAAGCUAUGGGAGGAGGUGGAUUCCAUGCAGUCAUUGGGAAGACCGAAGGGGACAAAUUGGGCCAAGUCGGAAUCCAAGGGGGCUUUUCGGACUCCGUCUCGCCUCAUGAAAAUUUUAUUGCGAGAGUGGGUUGUAUGCAGAGUUCUGCAGCCUGCUCUCGACCUGGUAUGUCAUCCUGAAUGGAUCAACCGCCAGAUUUAUCAGAAGGCAAGGCGUUCAUUACUGGCUCAUAAAGCAAUCAAAAGCUGUCGCUCUACCUUGGAAAGCCAUUUCUCUGAUUUCCCGCCCGCUUUCAUGCAACCUGCGAUCAGUAAACGAAGCAACCGCUUCUCGCUUUCUCAAAAGUGGCGUUACCUGGAAGCUUUGGGUCCAUAUGCCAAGAAAGCAAGAUCCACGAUUGACGCCCAAGCUGUUCGUUUUCAGAUAACUGCUGAAAUCCGGAGAAUGGUGGAAGCGGGCAAGAAUUCAACGGAAUCAUCCGAAAGCCUUAGACGGUAUAUAAAAGCUCUUAAAAUCCUGCGCGAGAAGCUCGAUAAACGGAUCGCAAUAUUGACUGGAAUGCAUGGGGCGCGCGCUUCGGAUAGUUCGAGAAAGAAGUCCGAUCCUGCUAUCGCUUCAUCGACGGGCACUGGCGACGUGGCGGCACUGACGUUACGGAUGUUACUCGAUGAAUAUAUGGAGCUUGACGAGGCAAAUGCCGGACUGUGUGGGUUAUGGUACUUCAUUGAUUACCUCGAAAAGCAACACGAAGGUGGGAUCGCCAAAGUCAGAUUUUGGUUAGCCGCUGAAGGGUACAGGAAACUUGUUGGAAGGCUAUGCAAUAAUGGAACGGGUAAUGAGGGCGAAAUCGUUGGCGUCAAUGAGAGGCUGCGUAAGGAAGCAACAAAGAUCUAUAACACUUUCUUAGCGCCUUCUGGAGGUGAUGCACCGCUAGUGGACCUUGGAAACGACAUAGUGACCGGAGCGAUUAGAGAGUUUAUCGCAACCGACAGCACAUCGGAUGUGGACAGUGGAGAUCACCGUUGUGUUCUGAUUGCGCAAGAAGGGAUUUUUAAAAUUCUUGAACUUGACUUCAAGGAGUUCGUCCAUUCUGAAUCUUACUUUCGCUGGCGAAGUGAAGUCGAAAAAUCAAAACUAACUGAUCUCGGACAUGGAAUCCCGUCCAAUUCAUUCGACCCUCACAUGCCCUAUCGAUCAGGUCCACAUGUCUGGGAUUUUGCUGAUGUCAGUGGUGAUAUCAAGAAAGGAACUGUUAUUCUACUCUUAGAUCGAGAGUUAGAGGCAGCCGCACAUAGGUUGAAUGGAUCACCUUCCCCUGAAGGGGAGCACCAAAGGGGCCGGUCUCCUAGCAAAGGGAAUACGGGGAAGAUGGAAUCUCAGAGCGAUGUUUCUGUUGAUCUGACAAUGACUCUAUCCGACUCUGACGUUAUGCCAGAUGGAACGCAUGCAUCAACUGAGAAGCAAGAACCAGCAGACGAAGAGCCCGACAUUCACGCUCCGGGUGAACUUCUAUUCAAUACCACAAAAGUACAGGAGCUGCAGGAGUCACUGGACAGCGUUUUGGCGCAGCUCAACUGUCUGAAUCUACUGGCGGAACGAGCCUUGUCUGUUUCCUCUACAUCUAACGAAAUUGCUAGCGGGCGGGCAUUUAUACUGGACCAAACUAGGGAAAUAUUGCGCCAGGAAAUUGGCGAUCUGACAAAAGCCAAAGCCAAGUUCGAGAGCAAAGAGCAAAAGGAUGCCAUUGUUCCCGGACAAUGCAUUGUCAAAAUCGAGGCAGCUGUAGACGAUGUUGUGGCUAAGAGCAUGGAGGAACCAGGAAAAAGGGUGACGUUCUACCUCGUUCAGGUCAGCCGAGAUUUGGAAAGUGGAUGGACUGUCCGUCGACGAUACAGUGACUUUGAUGCGCUUCACCGCAAGCUCAGCAAAGUUUUUCCGGCUGUCAAUGAAUACGAUCUGCCUGGAAAAGUCUUAGGUUUCCUAAAAGGACGACAUGAACUCAAGCAGGCUCGAAUGAAAAGCCUGGAGCGAUAUUUGCAGCGAUUAGUAGACAAUCCAGAAAUUGCGCGAUCGGAUGAACUGCGCGCGUUCCUCUCAUCAUCAAACGAUAGUUUCCGACACACAUUAUCACCGGCUGCAUUCGGCGGCAACAAGGAGGAAGGCUCAACUCUGCAACGCACAUCACACAGGCUUGCAAAGUUUAUUGCUCCAAGUAGUCGUACGGCAUCGUCCUCCUUGCUUAUCGCAUCGAAAAACAUUAGAACCUUUUCCCAGAGCACAGGGGACCUGCGGCUUCAGGACGACUCUUUUAUGCAGUCUACCAAAGGCAUAGAAAGAAUCGGCCAGGAAGGUCGAAACCGCUCAGCGACUGACGUCGGCAAAGACCUCGACUAUGACCAUGAUGAGUCAGAGGACGAUGAGCUCGAUAAAUCAUGGGAGUAUUCCACCGAGGAAGGGAGGAACGUAGGGCAGGGAACAAAUGAUAUACCUGCGCAUGUCAGUCUACUUGGCGAACCCCUUUGUUUUCUUCUUAUGGAAAUAUACGAGUUCAGGGAACAGAAUCCGUGGCUACGUCGAAGUGCUGCUGCCAUGUUGAUCAGACAGAGCUUGGGGGGUAGAGAUAGUCUCGAUAGUCAGCUGUCUGCAAUGCUGCGUAACACCAGCUCAGAUGAAAGUAUUAUAGGAUGGCUGAGUGCGUUUCGGAAACGGCUUCGAUCGGCAGGAGAAAGCGGGCAGGCCCCAGUCUUCCAGGAAUUGUUUGAAAAAGUUUCUCCCCAGGCAGAAGAAGAUGCGGGGGCAACGAGAGCGGAGGCUAAGGAAAAACUGAUAUCAGCGUGGCCUGCGGCCUUUACUCGUGUGUUGGGUGCAGAAGCAUCAGUCCAGGGAACGAGCAGACUUUUUGAUCUUCUGCAAAAUGCCACUCUCAACAAGCAUUUGGCGUAUAGCUUGCUGGACGGACUCAUUACUACAAUAUUGGGCGAUACUUAGCACCUGCCUGUGGUCGGCGAUGAGACCAAAUGGUCACUUCUACGCUAUCUUGCACAAAAACGCCAUGGCCAUUGGUGACGGUCAAUUCUAUAACCAGGGCUCCUUGGCAAGCAACUAUUAUUAAAUGGUAAUUUAUGAUGCUUGCAUGAGAUUGAAGAAUGGAUAGUUUAUAAAACUCUACAUGGCCCACUGCUAACUCCGACAUCUACACUUAAAUCUUGUCAACCUUGCUUGUAAUGUCCGGAAUGGCCUGCAUUUUCGCCAGGUACGUUAGAUAGGGAUAAUGAGCGAGAGCGUCAGAAUAGGAUCA